AUGAGCGGGCCAAACGACAUGGAGCUGAAGCAGACCAGCAAGGACUCAAUAUCCUCUGCGGAGCGCAUCUCGGAGGAGCCGAAAACCGCCGACUACCAGGAAAAACAUGUCGCCAGAGCUUAUCCAGCGACGACGACCGAAGGUCCUCAAUUGAGGCGACUGUUCAGUUUCGCCCAGCUCCUUGCCUUCUCUUUGACUUUUAUGGAAUCAUGGGAAGUGAUGGCCAUCAACAUUUCUGCGACAUUCUGGAAUGGCGGCCCUCGAGCUCUGAUAUGGGGUGCGAUUGCUGUCAUCUUGGGAUCUUUGGCACAAGCAUAUUCGAUGGCAGAGUUGGGCUCAAUCCUUCCCAUCGCGGGUGCCCAAUAUCAUUGGACUCACAUCAUGGCUCCAGACAGCACACGAAAAUUCAUUACAUGGAUGCAAGGUUGGGUAACAUGGUUUGCUUGGGUAUCCGCUCUUGCUGGAAGUACAUCUGGUGAAGCCGCCCUCCUGCAAGCCAUGAUAGCCGAGAACAUGCCUGGCUACACCCCAGAGCGAUGGCAUCUCACCCUCAUCAUGUGGGCUAUUCUCAUUAGUGUCGGCCUCAUGAACAUGUACAGCUUCUGGCUCAUCCCAUGGUUGGAACUGACGGCUGGUAUCAUGCACGUCGUGUUGUUCAUCAUCUUCAUGGUCGUCCUCGUCACGCUCGCUCCACGGCACGAUUCUGAGUUCGUGUGGUUCACGGACUCAACACAAUCGGGAUGGAGUAGUAGCUUCGUGGCCUUCAAUAUUGGAAUGCUGGCUCCUGCCUGGGGUUUCAUUGGAUUUGAUGGAGUCGUUCACAUGUCCGAAGAAGUCAGAAAGGCCAAGAAUGCCGUCCCACGUUCAAUGAUUCUGACAAUCGCCAUCAACGGUGUGAUGGCAUUUGCCUUCAUCCUGGUUCUUCUUUACUGCCUGGGCGACCCCAACAUCGUCAUGGGCACAACCAUGCCUAUCCUCAACAUAUGCUACAACGCCACUGGUUCUUGGCCUGCUACCAAUGCUCUGGUCGCAGGCUUGAUCAUUGUCACCUAUUGUGUGGUCGCCGCCAGUGUCGCUUCUGUCUCCCGUAUCACCUGGGCUUGGGCUCGUGAUGGGGCUCUUCCAAAAUGGCUUGCCGUUAUUGACGCCAAACACCACGUGCCGACGAACGCUUUGUGGCUUCCUAUCUUCAUCGUCAUGCUGCUUUCUCUCCUGAAUGUCGGCUCUACUGCCGCUACAGCUUUUAGCGCGUUCAACGCUCUUUCUUCAAUCGGCCUGUACACUUCUUACAUUAUUGCAAUCAGCUGCAUCUUGCAUGCGCGAUUGACCGGACGCUUGAGCGACAAGCCAGAUGCCGUUGUUCAAUAUGGCGGGUGGCGCAUGUGGAAGGGCUUUGCUGUUCCUGUCAACAUCAUUGCCCUGGUCUGGACUAUUUACCUCACCAUCUGGCUUCCAUUCCCCACAACCAUCCCGGUCACCGGUACGAACAUGAACUACGCAUUACCAAUCUAUUCGGCCGUUGUGAUUGCUGCUUUGACGUAUUGGUUCACUUGGGGCAAAAAGAACUGGCCCGGCCUGAACCUUGCUGCCAUUGGAAUGGUCGAAUCCCACGAAUAG